AUGAUCAAAUCUCUAAACCCCCUAAAAUCAGCAAAAAUAGGGUUAAUCGAAGAGCCCCACCGUAAUUCCACUGAGGAUUCGAGCUCCUGCUUUGGUUUAAGGAAGAAGAACAGCAAAAACCAGAGAGAGAAGCCGAAGAUGACUCAGACCAACGCCGGAGCUGGAACCGGAGCCGCCGCAGCAACGGAGACUCCUCAGCCUCAGCCGCAGAGCAACGAGAUGGUUUUGCACACUGGAAGCUUGAGUUUCAGCAGCCAUAUGUCGAGAGAGGACGAGGAGAUGACUCGCUCUGCGCUCUCUGCGUUCAGGGCUAAAGAGGAUGAGAUUGAGAAGAGGAAGAUGGAAGUUCGCGAACGGAUCCAGGCUCAGUUGGGUCGGGUCGAGGAAGAAACCCGACGCCUCUCCACUAUUCGUGAGGAGCUUGAGUCUAUGGCAGAUCCUAUGAGGAAGGAAGUCUCUGUGGUUCGUAAGAAGAUUGAUAGUGUGAACAAAGAACUCAAACCUUUAGGUUCCACUGUUCAAAAGAAGGAAAGGGAAUACAAAGAAGCACUUGAUACAUUCAACGAGAAGAACAGAGAGAAAGUGCAGCUGAUCACCAAACUCAUGGAGUUGGUAGGAGAAAGCGAGAAGUUGAGGAUGAAGAAGCUGGAGGAGCUGAGCAAGAGCAUAGAAACA